UGUCGUCUCUCGUGCCAAGCAAGAACCCUAUUAUUAUUGUUAUUCCCAUUCUCACCCUCAGCACAGCACAGUAGAGCAUGGAGGAGGAAGCGAAAGAAACGCAGAGCGCAGUGAGAAUAUUCGUGGGAGGCUUGGGCGAAGCCGUGAGCGACGAAGAUCUCCGAACCCUAUUCUCGUCUCUGGGCACAGUCCAAACCAUCCGAACCAUCCGAACCAAAGGUCGCAGCUUCGCCUACCUCGACUUCCUCACCGACCCUAAAUCCCUCUCCAAGCUCUUCAGCAAGUACAAUGGGUGUCUGUGGAAGGGUGGAAGGUUGAAACUUGAGAAGGCUAAAGAGGACUAUCUGACGCGUUUGAAGAGGGAAUGGGAACAAGAGGCUCUCGCUGAUGCUACUCAACCACCCCCCGUUGUUCCUCAGGAAGUGCCCAAAAGCCUCAGUGUUUUCUUUCCCAGAUUGAGAAAGGUGAAAUCCAUACCAUUCAAUGGAACUGGCAAGCACAAAUACAGUUUUCAGAAUAUUAAAGUUCCUCCACUCCCUGUGCAUUUUUGUGAUUGUGAGGAGCAUUGUAGUCCUUUUGUCAAUGAAAGAGAAAAGCAAUCUAUUGAUGGGGCAGCUGAAAGUGGUGGAAUGAAUGAUGAAGAGAUUAACAUAAUGAAUGCGGUGAUGAACAAGCUAUUUGAAAAAGAAAAGGUUUCCAAUGCCAAGAACCUUGGAGAGGAGAAGGAUUCUUUUGAAUCACCUGAUGCUUUACAUUCUGAUGAAUGCGAAGAUAGUGCAACAGAUGAAGAUGAUCUCAUUAUUAACAUGCAGACGAGGAAAAAUAAAACAGCUUUAAUAGGGAACCAGGAACUUGAAAAGAUCUUGGAAAAUCAGGAGUGGUCGAAUAAAACAAAAGUUGAUAAGGAAGAACCCAACAAGAGCACGCCUCAAGUGCAAAAACGGAAUAAUAGCAAUCCUGCCAAGAACAAGAAGAGAAAAUCACUUCCAAAAUUGGAAGUGUCUACUACCUCGGGAGGCAAGAGUAAUAUGCAGACCCUUUCAGAUGAGGAGGGAUCUGAUGCCCAGCCUACUGAACUAGAAGAUGAUGUUGAAGAAUUGACUAAAGUUUCAUGGUCUCAGAAGUCUUCAUGGAGAGAACUUCUCGGUGACGGAGGCAACACUUCUUUCAGUGCUUCUCUGAUAUUGCCAGAGUUGGACUCUGGUAAGAAUCAACAAAGUUCUGAACAUCUGAGCACAUCCAUAUCUACAGACAGCGAAACUGAAAACAUGGAAAGUGAUGGACACCUAUGGAGCAAAUCUACCAAUACACAAGUAAUAAAAGAGCUUGCUGAAGUUCAACCUACCAAUGAACAAGUGAUAAAAGAGCUUGCUGAAGCUCAACCUGCCAAUAAACAAGUGAUAGAAGAUCUUAACGAAAUGCAGAAUAAUAAUAAUGUGGUACCUAAUAAGACAGGUAGAGGUGCUUCAUGGCGGCGAAAACAAUCCUGGACCCAACUGGUUAGUGAGAAUAACAGUUCAUUUAGCAUUUCACAUAUUUUGCCUGGCAUUACUUUCCCAGAGCCAAUGGCCAAGGAGCCAAUUAUGGAACCUGCCAUUUCCAAUGAUUGCAAGCAUAAUGAUGUAGCCCAGGAUACUAUUGAUAAAGUUCUCAGUGAUGGGUUUAACUCAAGGGAGAUCAUACCAGAAAGGAUUCAGCAUAUUGGUGCCAAUGACAUUGUGCCUGGUUCAGUAGCUGAGGAAAAAGUUGAAACAAGUCCAAGGGAAAGAUCCAUUGAAAAUGUUGAAGUAGGUGAAACUUGCAGAUUCAUGAGAAGUGCAGCAUCUUUGAAGGACUGGGCAAAAGCUAAGGCUGCUAUAAGCAGAUCGCUCAAAAGGAAACGUGGUGUGAAGUAUGAUCAUAAGUUUCCAUAGGGUGGAACUACGAAGGUUGAGCUACAUUAUCUUUCACAUGGUUUUGUGCAGUAUCAGAGCAUCGUCAGUUAGUGUUUUUCUAAUGCAAGCAGAUGAAAUUGAAAGGUAAGGAAGGGCAAAUUAAUUUCCAGAUACUCGGAUAAAAGCAAAAUGAUAUUUGCACUUUGGGCAUCAUUUUUCCACUUUUCUGCAAUGAUAUCAAAACCGGUUCAGAGAAGCUUGUAAAUCGGUCUGAUUGGGAUCCAGUGAUGUAGCUGGAAUUGAAUCGGCUUUUUGGAUAAAAAAUGCUAUAGAACCAUUGUUGUAACCCGGUAUAACCUGGUUGGUUUUCCAAGUGAACCAGUGAUCCGACCAGUUGAAUUAAACUGAGUGAACUUGUGUAUUAUGAAUUUUUUAAGGUGUAGCAUUGUUUUUUAAAGUUU